AUGGCAGCGCCAGAUAAACCAAGGCGACGGUUUGCUCCCGAGCCCAUUGAGACUACCUUUGAGACGUUCAGGAGCAAGACGGGAAAGCAAAAGCAGACACCGCCCUGCACCAUGGGCCCCAACCCAGAGCCCACCCCCGAGGCUUCACCUCGAGAGCCCUCACCCGUUCCCCAGGAGUUGCGCCCGAAGCGACGCUUCGCUCCUCAGUUGAUCGAGACCUCGCGUAGAAGUCGCCGGGUCGGAGAUACCGGUCCUGCCACGAAACCCAGCGACAAGACCGACAUCACCCCUUACACCAGAAACAUCUACACCGCUACAAAGCACCGUGGGAGACGGCGAGGUGACGGCCGUGACGAUGAGGAGUCUCCCGUUGCCAACGGCGCCCGGCGCCGCGAGUCGGAGGAUGAGAAUGUCAUGUCGUAUUUGCUAGAGCUUGCCGCCAAGGAGGCUGAGCGCCAGAUGCAGGAGGCUGCCCUCGCUGCCUUUCCCAACAGCCACCAACGUGAAGGCAACGUUGACCACUUCUACUUCCGUGAGAGUUCUGGUAGCGACAACUCCCCAGAAAGUACAUCGCCCGUUCAUCACGGCCACCAUGGUCAACCCAUUGGAGCUCACCACAAUGUGCGGCGGCAGUCGUCGGAUGCGAACAUGUCUUGGUGGCAGAAGCACAUGCAAGAGCACGCCGAGCAGGUUCAAGAGCAGAAGCAUGAUGACCCCAUGGUGCUGGACGAGCCCGAGACCAAGCCGGGCGAGAUGGCGACGCUCGCCGAAGAGCCCCACGAGGACCACACGGCGCGCAAGCAAGGUGAGGAUACGGCGAUGCGGACAGACACGGCCGACCUCGACAAGAUGGACCUGACCGCCCCUCCGGAUCCGAUGUGGAUCACGUCAAACAACCAGCACGCGCCCCCCGCCGGCAGGAAGAGGUCAUCGCCCGGCGCUCCAGGCCCCAUUGGGGAGACGUACAUGCCACUGCUCCAGACAGAUUCUUAUCUGACGGCCGAGCAGACUAAUAAGGCCGCCUCCCCGGCACCUGCGCCAUCCCGGCACAUUGGUGAAUCUCCGAUGCCCUACAUCCCCUCGGCGCCGUCCGGCAGAUCUGAUGUGCCAUACGCCAAAGCUUCUCAGAUCCCCCCAGACACCGGCGGCUUUCGCAACUCGGGACGAGGCUUUGGACGCCCAUUCGGAGGCUUCGGUCACAGAUCUCCAGCUCCCCCGUUCCAGAAGAGGCGCCAGGCUGUAUCUCCACCCAUGCUGGGCAAGGAUCUCGUCUUUCGGAGGUGUCCGUCGCCCAAGCAGACCAAGCUGGAGCCAGACCACCCAUUCGCAGAGCGCCAUGCCGAGGAGAAGUACCGGGAUCUUUCGGGAGAGAAGGGUCUCUGGCGAGGAUACUGCUUCAGAUCCGAAUCGAAUGAUGCCUACUUGGUGCCAGCAGACCUGCAUGCCCCACCCAUGCUCACAACCCCCAAGCCGCCGGCUACUCCCGGCAACGCCUCGCAUAUCAGCUCUCCAAGCUUUACGGACGAGCCCGCCGCUAUCAACGGUGCUAACGGUCUAUUCAACGGCCAGACCAAUGGUACCAAUGGUACCAAGGAGCACCGCACCCGGGCCGGCAACCCCAAGGGCCUACACAUGCUCCACGGCAUCGACGAGCGGCUUCAGCAGGAAAAGGCCCACGCCGAGCGUGAGGAGAAGAUUGCCCAGGAGUUUGACGACGGCUUCGUCACUCAGGUGUACAACUAUCUAUCACUAGGAUACCCCGCCAUGGCACGAGCCUUUGAUGAGGAGCUGUCCCACAUCAGUCUUAUGAGCAUUGAUGAUCUCGAGAGAGAUGACGACCAACAGCUUGCCAAGGGACACCUGGUCGAGGCCGACGAUGGCACGCCCCGAGACAAGAGAUGCCCUCGAUGGCGAGCUCUUCGAACUUAUAUCAAGGAGUGGGCCAGACAGCACCCCAACCUCGACAGCAUGGAUCCUGUUGGGUGGGGAGUCCGAGAACGACGGGGCAGCUGGGCUGUCUGAGCUGCACGGCACGUUUCUUCCAGAACUUUUUUACUCAUGCGGUUAUACUCUGUUCGCAUACGCCACGUUUUAUUUCCGAAGCACGAAGUCUUUCUCAGAAGAGUUGAUUGCAGUGUUUACUUUUUAUUAUUUUGGGCCUGAGUUUCUAUCAACCAUCGGCGGGCGUUUUUACUCCGCAAGAGUCUGCUAUAAACGCGGCACUUGCAACUAUUGUUUUUUGAGCAAGAAGCAUCCAUGGAGGGUACAUAUGGAAAGCCCCCAAGAGCAUGUUUAGUGUGUUCGAGUUGUGUUUUAUGACCCAAGGGGAGGAGGAAGGUGAAGAAAGAACGAGAGAGAGGGAGAAGAUAAAGCUUUGGUACCUGUUUGAGUUGCUGCUACAAGGCGGGUAGAUGAUUAGACCACAAGCGAAAUACUGUUUUUCGUAGAUGAAACAUCAAAAGACGAUGAAAGGAAUCAGGGGAGGAAGGGGGAGGAAAGGUGUGUGCGAGUGGUGUUCGCACAAAUGUACAUGAAUGAAUGGCUGAGUGUGAGAGAUGAUGAUCAAGCUCUUGGUGGGAUAUUUGCUCCUAUGGGAGUGGAAUACAUGACAUCCGGUCCGGGCCGGACUGAGAAG